UGUCAUCCUCCUUCACAAAAACUCACUUCUUUCUUACUUACCCACUCCCACCCUUCCGCACUUCCUCUUCCUACUCUUCUCCCUUGGAGCCCUAACAUAGUAAGAUGUCCAUCUGCUGCUUCGCUCUCCCUCCUAACCCUGACUCAUGGCUCAAUCUCCGAACCCUUCAAAGCUCUUCCUCUCUUCCAACUUUACCCCCAAACCCCUACUCAGGUUACACCCCAACUCCUCUCUUCUUACCAAACUCAAACAACCUCCAUCUUUCAAGAUCCUUUCCUCUCUUUCCCCACCACCACCGCCACCGAGCUCAAAGCCCACCCCGACUAAAACCCUGAAUCUUGUCUCCCUCCUCCGUGCUAUCCCGGACUGGGCUGAUCGCAUUCAAGAGCGUGGAAUGCAACAAAACCGUGCUCUUUACAACCAUGAAAAUUGGGUUUACCACAGAAGUUCACUACGUCAUCUUCGACAUUUACUUUCCAGUUUACAGUCACGUGUCAUCUUAUCACUGGUGCCACCUGUUUUAGCCUUUACUUCGGUGGCUGUGGUCAUUGCCGGAUACAACACUGCCGUGGAUUUGCAUUGGUUGCCUGGUUUUUUCCCAGUUCUGAGAGCUUCUUCGUUGCCUUAUCAGUUGACAGCGCCUGCAUUGGCUUUGCUGUUGGUGUUUAGGACUGAGGCCUCGUAUUCGAGGUUUGAAGAGGGUAGAAAGGCUUGGACUAAGGUGAUUGCUGGCACAAAUGAUUUUGCAAGGCAGGUCAUUGCCGGGGUUGAGAAUUCGGGUGAUGAGUGUAUGAAAAAUGCUCUCUUGCACUAUAUCAUGGCUUUUCCUGUUGCACUUAAGUGUCAUGUUAUGUAUGGCUCGGAUAUUGGCAGAGAUCUUCAAAAUUUGCUUGAAGGUGAUGAUUUAGCGGUGGUACUAAAUUCAAAGCAUCGGCCCCGCUGCAUAAUUGAGUUCAUUUCUCAAAGCCUUAAAGUGCUGAACUUAGAAGAAUCAAAGAGAACUAUGUUGGAGUCAAAGAUCUCAUGUUUCCAUGAAGGAAUUGGUGUAUGUGAACAACUCAUGGGUAUUCCCAUCCCUUUAUCAUACACUCGCUUAACAUCAAGGUUUUUGGUCCUCUGGCAUCUUACUCUUCCUAUCAUACUCUGGGAUGAUUGCCAUUGGAUAGUUGUUCCUGCAACUUUCAUAAGUGCUGCCUCUCUAUUCUGCAUAGAAGAAGUUGGUGUUCUUAUCGAGGAGCCAUUUCCGAUGUUAGCUCUUGAUGAGCUUUGCAGCGUGGUGCAGAACAACAUUUGUGAAGCAAUUGCAACAGAGAAGGUUAUUGAAGCAAGGUUAAAUGGAAAACGAAAGAGGCAUUCCUACAAGCAUUCACCUAAUGGUUGGCCCAAUACACAAUGAACAAGAAAUUUUCCUAAGGCAGUGCCUUUUGUGAAAUCCCAUUCAAGGCUAAAUAUCCCACACACCUCUGCAGCUUGGCAUGGUCUCUGCCUUUUUUGCCAACUUGAAUCUGGAUAUCAAAGUAUGGUUGAAUCCAUGCGUGCAAAUAUGUGUAACGAAAUGACAUUGUUAGGAUAUGUAUAUAUUUCAUAGCAGCCACUUUCCACAAAAUUUUCUUUUUCUCCCAAACAGACGUGUUUGGGAAAUAUCGAUUGCACGACUUUGCUGCAAUGAGAGUGAACCUGUAAAUUGGUUAAAAUCUUUAAGCCUAGAAAUGUCAGUAAAGGUAACUUGAGGAGUAAUUCUCCUGUUGGAUA